AUGGAUGGAACUCUGCCAGAAAACAGAGAUAAAGCCUACAAAAUCUUGCGACAAGCUCCGUACUACGCGUUCCUCGACGGAGUCUUAUACAGAAAGUCAUUCACCCACCCGUGGUCGAGAUGCUUGACGGCAGAAGAAGGGGAGUAUGUGUUGAGAGAAAUACAUGAAGGUAUUUGUGGGGCACACAUAGCUCCUCGCAUGUUAGCAAAGAAAGCAGUGUUGCAAGGCUACUACUGGCCCCUAAUGGUCAGGCAAGCAGAGGAGAUAGUAAAGAAAUGUGAAAACUGUCAGAGGCAUCAGAACAUCCGACAUGCUCCCACCACAGAGCAGUGUCCCAUUACCAGUCCUUGGCCAUUUGCAACAGCGUUGGUAACUGAUAACGGAAAGCAGUUCAACUGCCGAGCCUUCAAGGAAUUUUGCAACGACUUGCACAUUGACCUGCGUUUUACUUCAGUAGUUCACCCGCAGAGCAAUGGGAUGACCGAAGUAACCAACCGGACGAUCCUAAAAGGGCUCAAGGCCAGGCUAGGGGAGUUCGAUAGACAGUGGCUGGAAGAGCUACCAAAGCCACCUACGUACGACGAGCAAUUCUUGACCCCGAGCAACAACUCCGGGUUGUCCCCAGGCAAUAGCCUAUCCACGCCGAGCAACUUGCUUAAACUUGAUCUAUGA